AUUACUCUCAACAAAACAGAAGACGCUACGUACAAAUUGAAGUUAUACGGUUCGAGCUAUACGGUUUUAUCAUAAGCUACAAGUCUUUCGUAUGUGCUGCAAAAGAAUAUAAGUGAAAAAUUGUAGCAAUUAUAGAAAUGCAGUUACUGUCUCUCAAUUUUUUAUUCUACACUAUCGGUGGUGUGUGGCGACCGAUCAAAUGGUCUUCGAAAUGUUCCACACAUCUAUACAGCAUGCUUACUUUUUUUACGAUGUAUCUAUUGAACUUCUCGGUACUAACUCAAUUGCUCGAUAUCAUUUUUAUCGUUGACAACAUGGACGAUUUUGCUACGAAUUUGUUAAUGCUUCUUUCGGCUAUUACUGCAUUUUGUAAAGCAGCUACUGCCAUAACUCGCCGCAGUGAAAUUAUCAGCUUAAUCAAAAUACUGCAAGAAAAACCAUGCAAAGCCUGCGACGAAGAAGAGAUUAAUAUACAAAUGAAAUAUGAUCGUUUAAUUAGAUCAUGUACCAUAAGUUAUACGGUUUUGGCAUCAUUUUCUACCACUGGUGCUAUAACAGGACAGGUGCUCUCCACUUUUCACAGCGAAUUACCUCAUAGGAUAUGGGUACCAUACCAUUAUACGCCACCCUCUUUAUUCUGGCUUACAUCUCUUCACGAAAUGUUAGCUCUAAUUGUUGGCACAUUCGUAAACGUCGCUACGGAAACCUUGUUAUUAGGAUUGUGUCUACAAAUAUGCGCACAAUUGGAAAUUCUGACACAUCGCCUUCAGCGAGAGAUAAAAUCUAACAAGGGGCAACAAGUUUGCAAAAAUUUGAACGACACGCCAAAUGGAACAAGCAGGUUAUCAGAGCAUAUCUAUUAUCAUCUGUGCAUAAUCAGAUUUGCCGAGAUGGCCAAUGAAAUAUUCAGCCAAGUACUCUUUGUACAAUUCUUUGCCAGCAUAUUAAUAUUAUGUGCAAGUGUGUAUUAUUUAUCUUCUCCUAUAACGGUUGCAGACUUCGUAACGUUAAUUAUUUUCACAUUUUGCAUGUUCGUGCAAAUUUUUAUAUAUUGCUGGGCUGGAAACGAAGUCAUGCUUAAGAGUACUGGACUGGGUGAAGCGGUGUUUGAAAUGGAUUGGAUAUUAAUGACAAUUAGCGAACGAAAAGAUCUAUUGAUGAUCAUGAAGCGUAGCACGAAACCUAUAAAAUUUACCAGCACUUUCUUGAUUCUCAAAACGUCCUAUUCUGCAUUUAAUGUUUUGCAUCGAUCUUGAAAUUAAAACAAGGAUGAUUUUUAUAAAACGCACAAUGUAUGUUAUUAUACUGUAUUAUAAUCAUUAUAUGUUACCAAGAAUAAACCGUUUGUUCAAAAUAUUAAAUUACAUU